UCUUCUACUACCUUAUCCAUUUCUGUUAUCAUCUCAAAUUCUCUAUACACUUCUUUUUAAGGCCACUAUUAUCCUACUUCAUUUUCCCAAACAGGAAACAUGUUAUCAAUGUCAGUUCAAUCUAGCUUGAAGAGCAAUUUGAGUAUCCCUUCUUUACCUUCACAAAAUCCCUCUCACAAAUCCUUCAAAUGUUCUUUCUCUUAUGUAAACAACACAGUUUCAACAAGAAGAAGAAUUCAUAAGCUUUUUGCUUCAUCAGCAGUUACAGAAACAGAACCAGUUGCAGCUGAGACUUCAGAGCCUGCUGUUCAAGAAGUUGAGAAGUCUGAUAUGAAGAAAAAGGUAAUUGAGAAGCCAAGGCUGGUGUUAAAAUUCAUAUGGAUGGAGAAGAACAUAGGACUUGGCCUUGAUCAAGUUCUACCAGGCCAUGGCAGUGUACCAUUGAGUCCAUACUUUUUUUGGCCAAGGAAAGAUGCAUGGGAAGAGUUGAAAACAACACUAGAGAACAAGCCAUGGAUAUCACAGAAACAAAUGAUUAUUUUGCUUAAUCAAGCAACUGAUAUCAUCAACUUGUGGCAGCAGAGUGGUGGCAAUUUGUCCUAAUUGUUUUGGUAUUUAUUUGUAGGCUUAUGAUUUCAAGUUCUGUUUUGUUUUGUUUGGGAUAUGCCCUCUUCUUUUAAGUGUACCAUAGUGAAGGAGAACAAUGAGAAAAAGAAUUGUCAUUUUUAUUUCA